AUGGCGGCUGCUAGUGCUAGUGCUAGUUCUAGUUAUGCUGGUGGUGGCGGUGGUGGCUGUGGCUGUGGAGGCGGAGGUGGUGGAGGUGGUGGCUGUGGAGGUGGAGGUGGAGCUCUGGUAUGGAAGAUGGUUCGUAAAUGUACAAGCAAAAGAAACAACUUGAUGAAAGAAGAAGCCAUCCGGCCGGUUGGAACAAGAGAAAGUGGAGGAAACCGCACCGAGAUUAAGGAUAAAAAACAUCAAAGCAGCAGCAGCAGCGAUGUUAACACAGGACAUACUAUUAUUAUGAUGGAUGUUGCUUCUAGUUCUAGUUAUGCUGGUGGUGGUGGUGGCUGUGGAGGCGGAGGUGGUGGUGGCUGUGGAGGCGGAGGUGGUGGUUGUGGAGGCGGAGGUUGUGGAGGUGGUGGCUGUGGAGGUGGAGGUGGGUGCUAA